UGAUGCGGAGUGAAGUGACGUGGAGAGUUCCCAAAAGCCCAGCGCACUCUAAAACUUUACUAACUAUUAAAAUAACUCGUUGAAACACUGAAAGAUAAGUAAUGCGGGUGGCCACGAUACUGUUUUCUUCGCGUCUUCAUAUUCAGCUUUGAAAAAACUUCAUUGUCAUGCAGGAGCCAGGAACGACACUUCCCCGGCUAACCUAGCUAGCUACCAGGAACAACCUCUGGUGUGACUUUUAUCUAUGUAAAGUUGGCGUCAUCCAAGUCACACAUCGGGUUCUCACUCCAACCAAACCAUGAUGGGAUAAGGACGGAUUUGACUGACGACCGGUGACAUAUAAUUUCCAGAAACGUCCGGAGAUAGUUUGCUGGUAUUUCCCGUGUGUGGAAGUGUCGCAGCGCUGUCACCAUGGGCUCUCUGCUCCGGGGAGAGGAGAUGUGUCUGGCUCAGCUGUUCCUCCAGUCCGGCUCAUCCUACGACUGUAUCAGUGAACUGGGAGAGCUGGGCAUGGUGGAGUUCAGAGACCUCAAUCCUAGUGUCAAUGCAUUUCAACGAAAACACGUCAAUGAGAUCAAAAAAUGUGAAACGAUGGAGAGGAUACUCGGAUACCUUCUUAGAGAAAUCAAGAAAGCAGACAUUUCACUGCCAGAAAGAGAUGUGAACCCUGCAGCUCCAUCACCCAAGAAUGUAAUGGCUAUAAUGGAGCAGCUCCAGAGACUUGAGGUGGAAUUGGGUGAAGUCACCAGGAAUAAGGAGAAACUUCAAAAGAAUCUGCUUGAGCUGACAGAGUACAUACACAUGCUGCGUAUCACCCGCAACUUUGUACAGAGACCUUCUGAGAGAGAGCCGCUACAAGUACAGUAUGAGGAGUUUCCUUUUCUAGAAAAAGACACACUGAUGGACUACAGCAGCAUGCAGAGGCUAGGAGCCAAACUGGGUUUUAUUUCUGGGCUCAUUCAGAGGGCAAAGCUCGAGGCUUUUGAGCGGAUGCUUUGGAGAGUAUGUAAAGGCUACACCAUCCUCAGCUCCGCUGAGGUUGAGGAAUACCUGGAAGAUCCUGACACAGGGGAGCCUACCAAAAGUGUGGUGUUCCUGAUCUCUUACUGGGGAGACCAAAUUGGCCAGAAAGUGAAGAAGAUCUGUGAUUGCUACCACUGUCACUUGUAUCCGUAUCCUAGUAACAAUGAGGAGAGGAAUGAUGUUGUUGAAGGACUAAGAACUCGCAUUCAGGAUCUGCACACAGUACUUCAUCGGACAGAGGACUACCUGAAACAGGUCCUGAUCAAGGCUUCAGAAUCUGUCUACACCUGGGUCGUCCAAGUCAAGAAAAUGAAGGCCAUCUACUAUAUUCUGAACCUGUGCAGUUUUGAUGUGACCAAUAAGUGCCUGAUUGCAGAGGUGUGGUGCCCUGUCAUGGACAUUCCCACUCUGAGGAGAGCCCUGGAAGAUGGAUCGAGAAAGAGUGGAGCAACAGUUCCUUCCUUUGUCAAUCGUAUCCCGACUACAGAUACUCCCCCCACCCUAAUAAAGACCAACAAAUUUACCUCUGGCUUCCAAAACAUUGUGGAUGCCUAUGGAGUGGGCACUUACAGGGAGGUAAACCCUGCUCCAUUCACAAUCAUAACUUUCCCGUUCUUGUUUGCUGUGAUGUUUGGGGACCUGGGUCAUGGAGCUAUCAUGGCUCUGUUUGCUGUGUGGAUGGUGUUGUACGAGAACAAUCACAAACUUAAAAACACCAGGAAUGAGAUCUGGAACACAUUCUUUGAAGGGCGUUAUAUCAUUUUAAUGAUGGGCCUCUUCUCCGUCUACACUGGUCUGAUAUACAAUGACUGUUUCUCAAAGUCACUUAAUAUCUUCGGUUCUGGGUGGAAUGUGAAGGCCAUGUUCAAAGCAGGAGUGUGGACGAAUGAUCAUAUCCGUGGGAAUAGUUAUCUUACUCUGGACCCAAAUGUGACAGGGGUUUUCGAAGGACCCUACCCUUUGGGAAUUGACCCAAUAUGGAACUUGGCAAACAACCGCCUUACAUUCCUUAACUCCUAUAAGAUGAAGAUGUCUGUGAUCUUAGGCAUCGUACACAUGACCUUUGGGAUAAUCCUCAGCACUUACAAUCACCUGCACUUCAGGAGGAAAUACAACCUGUACUUGGUGUUUCUGCCUGAACUAUUGUUCCUGUUGUGCCUAUUUGGCUACCUGGUGUUCAUGAUCUUCUAUAAGUGGCUGGUCUCCUCUGCUAAGAACUCCAAAGAAGCCCCAAGCAUUCUCAUCCACUUCAUAAACAUGUUUCUCAUGCAGGAUCAAGGAUUGCAGCCCCUCUACCCAGGGCAGACUGGCUUACAGGUAUUUUUGUUGGUCAUUGCUGUUCUUUCGGUACCUGUUUUACUCCUUGGGAAACCAGUUUACCUUUACUGGCUGCAUAAUGGAGGCCGCCGCUUAGGAAUGUACAGGGGGUAUGAACGUGUGCGGCGAAACAGUGAAGAGGAAUUGUACCUGCUGAGGCCUCAUGAUAUGGAAGAAGGCAGCAAUCAUAAUGAUCUUUCUAGCAGUGGAGACCACCGCUCAGAGUUUGACUUUGCAGAUGAGAUCCUUCAUCAAGGCAUUCACACUAUAGAGUAUUGCCUGGGUUGCGUCUCAAACACGGCCUCCUACUUGAGGCUCUGGGCUCUUAGCCUGGCACAUGCCCAGCUUUCAGAGGUGCUGUGGGCCAUGGUAAUGAGAGUGGGACUCAAAAUGGACACCAUGCUUGGGGUUUUAUUCCUGGUUCCGGUAUUUGGUUUGUUUGCUGUUCUUACUGUGUCGAUCCUUCUGGUCAUGGAGGGUUUGUCUGCGUUCCUUCAUGCUCUCCGGCUGCACUGGGUGGAGUUCCAAAAUAAAUUCUACGGUGGGACUGGAAUCAAGUUUUGCCCCUUCUCCUUCUCUCUCCUGCCUUCCAGCUUUGAGCAUGAUGGCUUACUGUGAAGGGACGAUGCAGUCGUAGCGCCUGUCAGCUGGUAAUGGGAGCCAAACGGUCCAGUGGGGCACUGUGCUUAGGACAUAUUCCCACAGGUUCACAAUGUGAUUUGAGUAUUUCUUUUCUUUCUUUUUUUCUUUUUUUUUUACCAUCUAUGUGAAGAAAUUGUAGGUUGGGUUUUAAGCGCUUUGAACGGAUUACGGAGUGCCCUUCCACGUACAAGACAUUUUCUUGAUUUAUGUCAAAAAGGGUAUUUUGUUCCAAUAUCAGUAUGUUUCACUGCAAAGCAUUUUCAGGAUGAAAUGCUGUGGCACUGCAAAGGUUUUAUGCAAAAGUUGAUGUUGAUGAAGAAAGACUACUUCCAAAUGUAAACUUUGACCGUGGCUUUUCUUUUAAACCUUAGAUAAUUUCACUAACUAAAUCUAAAGACUAAUUACCAACUCUUUUUUUAUGCAUAAGAAAAAGAAAAAAAUAUUGCUUUUGUUGUGACUCCUCAUUUUUCUUUGUUGAAUUAAUUUCAGCAUAACUGUAUUUACCGGUGCUGUGACUUAAAGCUUCUGCAAAGCUCCAGUCAUGGUUUCAUACACUGGGUAAUGAAAGCUGCCCUGUGCUAAAACAGUUCCUUCGGUUUUGGUGGACAGCUUCACCGCUUUCUUUUGUUUUUGAGAAAUAAUUAUUUUCUCACCAAUAGAUUAAAAACCCAUGUUAGCUACACUUAACCUAAUCAAAUUUGUAUAAGAUGGAAUAAAUACCGAAAACACGUGUAUUCACUGACUUCAUUUUUGAGAGUUGCCAAAACUUAGUCCAUUUAAAUUCAUUAAAUUGUCCCUGGCUGGGCAGUGGAAAAUGUUAUAAAUUCACUCUGUAAUGGAGUGCAAACAUCCCACCACCAUGCUCUUAUAUCCAAUAGCCCAGUCAAUACACCUCUAUUAACGGCACUGGAAGGCAGUCUUGACAGAGUUGGCAUGGGCCUCGUCAGGACCAAAAUUGCUGUCCCACCUCUUUGUGUCAAGUGCUGCCAGCAUUUUGCACAAUUUUUUUUCACAUUUGCUGGACAGCCUGGACCUGCUCGUCCACACUUCACCUCAGGUCCAAAAGAUGUGACUGUAUUCUUUUUGAUUUUUAAAAAUCUUCAAGUAUAUCAUCAUGGGGGACAACAGUUGGAGUUGUAUGUAUGGAACCAAAACUAUAACCCUCAUGUCACAGGCCUCUCCGAAAGGGGGUUUUCUUGGCCGUUAUGGAAGACAUUUUUCCUGCUUUUCCAGGUCAGCUCCCUUUACUGAAAGAGAUUUUCUGGCUUGUUCUGUCCAAGAGGAACUGUACUCCUUCCACUCUUCCAAGGGUGAUUGUUCUUGAGAACUUUCUCUGGGCUGGACCUGGAAGUGCUACUUGAGGAAAUACUAGAGGGCUGUGUUGAAAGGACUGCAUUGGUUUUUGGGAAGCUGACAUAACGGCACAUUGCCCUGCGACUUGUAUCAUUCCUCGAACUCCACCGUUUCUGUCCUUUAAAGUACUGAGCUAUGGCAAAGGAUUUUUUUCUUUUUUGUUUUGUGUGUGUUGAAUAGUCAUUGGGUAGCUGUGUGAUAAGAUGUACUGUAUAUACUUAUACAAAAUUAUUUUUUUAAUUUAUUAUAAAAUGAUGUAUCAGAAGUACACAUUGAUGAUACUUGUUUGUGCUUUUAACAUUUGUGAAUUCACAUUGUUGCCUUGGCACCUACCACUUGUGGUCCAGCCUAAUAUUCCACUUGUGUAAAAAAUUAAAUCCCCCCCUUUGGCACCUGAGUUCUGCUGCUUUAAGGCUCUUAAUUUGAAAGAUUCCAUAUUCAGCAGAGUGGUGGGUUGUAUUAAAUUGUAAUGGACACAGAUUGACUUGCUGUCAUCAAAAGUUGCUCAUUUUAAAAUGUAUUUACAGGAUUGGAAAUUAGAUUUUUUUGUUUGUUUGCUCCACCAAAGGGAAUCAGGCUUGAAUGUUGUCCCUGUUGCAUGGAUUGUCUGCUCUUUUACACUGGUGACAGUUUUCUACAAGAAGUUAUUGCUAUACAUUUUUUCAACUAGCAACUUCUCGCUCUUUUUGCACAAACUGAAGUGCAAUGCAGCAAGCAAGACUAACUUGUUAUACUGUAAUUAAUCACCUUUACAUCCUCUCAUUUAAGUAGCAAGUUGGUGUUAAGUGAGAAGUAAGUUUCUGCAUCAGUGUUUAAUGCAGCUCUGUUCCAUAGGAACUAAGCACAGUUAAUUAUAUAAGUGGAAUUAAACAUGUUGUGUAGAAACAAUGCUUUUCCUUAAAGCAAACUUUAUUUGAUCAUAAUUGGUUAUCUAAAACGCAAUUCUUAAGUGAUUGCUUGAAUGGGUGGGGUCAUAUAUUUUAAUGCAGCCCUAAUUUGGCCCUUACUUACUCUAGCAAGACAUGCAGGUCUUUUUUUUUUUUCAUGAACACUCCUUGUUGUAAUUCGUUUUUAAGAAAAAUGCUUGUUCUUAAUUAAUAAAAAUGCAUUUCUUUUUGUUU